AUCUCCUACCAUUUCAUUCAUCAACAAAAAUUAUGCAUUCAACCCUAUCCACCGAUCUCAUUCUCCAAAGGCAAAAACAAUUCAUAGAAAUAAAAAUAAAAAUCACGAAAAGCUAUCAAGAAAGGAAAAGCACCUCCUGUUGUUCGUCCUCCCCCUCCCCCUGGUUAUUGAUUCGUCGUCUUUAACCUGAUCGGGGAGGGGAAAGCUUUUCUUUUCUUGUAGCAAAACAAAAUAUUGAUAAAGAUUGAGUAUUUUUCUGUUUGUGGGUGUUGUUUUUUUUUUCCAAAAUGGAGAUUGAUAACAUCGAAUGCGUUUCAGUCUCGGAUGGAUUGAAUGAUAAUGAAGUCCCUCGUCACCAUAAUCAUCAUCACCGGCACCAUCAUCAAAAUCCUCACUUUUCAUCUUCGAAAACUCAUAACGUUAAUGUUGUUUCCUCAACGAUUUUUCCCACAACCAGUGUCCACGAGCUUCUGGAAUGCCCUGUUUGUACGAAUUCAAUGUACCCUCCUAUUCAUCAGUGCCCCAACGGGCACACGCUUUGUUCGAGUUGUAAGGCAAAAGUUCACAACAGGUGUCCAACUUGCAGACAAGAGCUUGGCGACAUAAGGUGUCUGGCAUUAGAAAAAGUGGCUGAAUCCCUUGAGUUUCCAUGCAAAUACAGCUUGAAUGGAUGCCCUGGGAUCUUCCCAUACUAUAGCAAGCUGAAACAUGAAUCCAUGUGCAAUUAUAGGCCCUACAGCUGUCCAUAUGCUGGAUCAGAAUGCUCCAUGGUCGGGGAGAUCCCUUUUCUUGUGUCCCAUUUAAGAGACGAUCACAAAGUAGACAUGCACUCAGGAUGCACUUUCAACCACCGAUAUGUCAAGUCCAAUCCUCGUGAGGUUGAGAACGCCACCUGGAUGUUAACCGUGUUCAACUGUUUUGGGCAGUAUUUCUGUCUCCACUUUGAGGCGUUCCAGCUGAGCAUGGCGCCUGUGUACAUGGCGUUCCUUCGGUUCAUGGGUGAUGAGAAUGAUGCCAGGAAUUAUCGUUACAGUUUGGAGGUGGGAGGGAAUGGGCGGAAGCUCAUAUGGGAGGGCACCCCUCGCAGCAUAAGAGAUGGUCACAGAAAGGUCAGGGACAGUCAUGACGGCCUCAUCAUACAGAGGAAUAUGGCGCUCUUCUUCUCUGGUGGAGAUCGACAGGAACUCAAGUUGAGGGUCACUGGUCGGAUAUGGAAAGAACCUCCUCCCCCUCCUCCUCCUAACUCCUCCGAUAACAACCUCUGCUUUCCCACUCCCAUUCCCAACCAACCUCUCUAGACUCUACUUAUUUCUGUUCCUUCCUUCUCUUUUUUUUUUUUUUUAAUUAUUUAUUUUCUGGGUGGGUCCCAGUUUCAAUCCAUGUCAUGUUGUUAAAAUGAUGAAUGGAGCCAUUAGCCAUAUUCGGUUGUGUUUG